AUGGCUGAGGGUGAGGAUAUGCAGACCUUCACUUCCAUCAUGGAUGCACUGGUCCGCAUCAGUACGAGCAUGAAGAACAUGGAGAAGGAACUGCUGUGCCCAGUGUGUCAAGAGAUGUACAAGCAGCCACUGGUGCUGCCCUGUACACACAAUGUGUGCCAGGCCUGUGCCCGGGAGGUGCUAGGCCAGCAGGGCUACAUAGGCCAUGGUGGGGACCCCAGCUCAGAGCCCACCUCUCCUGCCUCCACCCCUUCCACCCGCAGCCCCCGCCUUUCCCGCAGAACGCUCCCCAAGCCAGAUCGCCUGGACCGACUGCUUUGCAAUGAGUGCUUCAAGCUCUUCCACCCCUGGGGCACCCAGAAGGCCCAGCAUGAGCCCACCCUGCCCACCCUCUCCUUCCGCCCCAAGGGCCUGAUGUGCCCAGACCACAAGGAAGAGGUGACUCACUACUGCAAGACGUGUCAACGGCUGGUAUGCCAACUCUGCCGGGUGCGGCGCACCCACAGCGGGCACAAGAUCACACCAGUGCUCAGCGCCUACCAGGCACUCAAGGACAAGCUGACAAAGAGCUUGACAUACAUCCUGGGAAACCAGGACACGGUACAGACCCAGAUCUGUGAGCUGGAGGAGACCGUCCGGCACACAGAGGUGAGCGGUCAGCAAGCGAAGGAGGAGGUGUCACAGCUGGUGCGGGGGCUGGGGGCUGUGCUGGAAGAGAAGCGGGCUUCAUUGCUUCAGACCUUCCGGCCAGCUGCUAGCUCCUCCUUCCGCCAUUGCCAGCUGGACGUGGGGCGUGAGAUGAAGCUGCUGACAGAGCUGAACUUCCUACGAGUGCCUGAGGCUCCUGUCAUCGACACCCAGCGUACCUUUGCCUAUGAUCAGAUCUUCCUGUGCUGGCGGCUGCCCCCUCACUCGCCACCUGCCUGGCACUACACUGUUGAGUUCCGGCGCACAGAUGUUCCUGCCCAGCAAGGCCCCACACGCUGGCAGCGGCGGGAGGAGGUGAGGGGUACCAGUGCCCUUCUUGAGAACCCUGACACAGGCUCUGUGUAUGUGCUGCGUGUCUGGGGUUGCAAUAAGGCCGGCUAUGGCGAGUACAGCGAGGAUGUCCACUUGCACACGCCCCCAGCACCUGUCCUGCACUUCUUCCUCGAUGGCCGCUGGGGUGCAAGCCGAGAGCGGCUGGCCAUCAGCAAGGACCAGCGAGCCGUGCGGAGUGUCCCAGGGCUACCCUUGCUACUGGCUGCUGAGCGGCUGCUGACUGGCUGCCACCUGAGUGUGGAUGUGGUCCUGGGCGAUGUGGCUGUGACCCAGGGCCGCAGCUACUGGGCCUGCGCUGUAGACCCUGCCUCCUACUUGGUCAAGGUGGGCGUCGGGCUGGAGAGCAAGCUUCAGGAAAGCUUCCAGGGUGCCCCUGAUGUGAUCAGCCCCAGGUACGACCCAGACAGUGGGCAUGACAGCGGUGCUGAGGAUGCCACGGUGGAGGCAUCCCCACCCUUUGCUUUCCUAACUAUUGGCAUGGGCAAGAUCCUGCUGGGGUCCGGAGCAAGCGCAAACCCAGGGCUGACUGGGAGGGACGGCCCGGCAGCCAGCUGCACAGUGCCUCUGCCACCUCGCCUGGGCAUCUGCUUGGACUACGAGCGGGGCCGGGUUUCUUUCCUGGAUGCUGUGUCCUUCCGUGGGCUCCUAGAGUGCCCCCUGGACUGCUCAGGGCCUGUGUGCCCUGCCUUCUGCUUCAUUGGGGGUGGUGCAGUACAGCUCCAGGAACCUGUGGGCACCAAGCCUGAGAGGAAAGUCACCAUUGGGGGCUUUGCCAAACUGGACUGAUCCUCUCAGGUGCCUCUUCCAGCUCUGGGGUCUCAGGGCCCUGGCCUCCCCAAUCCUCCUGGCACCGGGUUGUUCCCCUAGCAGCUUGUCUCCCAAACACUUCCUCCAUGUGGCCCUGUCCCGUACCCUCUGUCUGUGUCUUCCCAGGGCUUUCUGUUGCUUAAGGGGCUCUCUGCUCACCUCUCUGGAUGUGCCCAGGGCCCGUGCCCACCAUGUCUCUCCCCCUUGCCCUCCCUUAGCAUCUUAUCCAAAUCAUGGAGAGACCCUCCUUCCUCACCGCUGUCCUGUGCCCCCAAGGCUGCCCGGGAAGGAGGGCACCUAACACUGGGCAUGAUUCUCAGUCUGCCCUUUGCCUUGCCAGUCUCCCUGCCCCAUCAAUGCUGAAUGACAGCCUUGGGGCAGGCAGGCUCUGGCCUCCACAGUGAGGGACAGGGGACCAUAUCAUCCUGCUUAAUUUAUUUGGGUCCCCAUACCUCCAGCUGCAUGUCCCUAUGUUCCUCUUCUCUUGCAUGCUUUACCUAUCCUGCACCUAUGCCAAAGUGCCAAGUCUCCCUCAGGGACCAAGCUAAGGCGGGGUGUCCCUUCUGGGUUGGGCCAGGCAAGGCCUCUGGUGCCAAUGCUGCCUCCCUGUGGUAGGCACUGCUAGGCCUGUGCAGAACA